CUAAGAGCUGUCACCAACCACAAGUUACAGCCCCUCUCUCUCUCUCUCUCACUACAAAUACGUCUUAUCCCUCCUAUUCUUGUCACACACGCCCAAACCAAAACUUCUUUACACAUAUCUCUCUUGCUUUACACUAUACAAAAACCUGACCUUUUGUAAAAUCAUCAAAAUCUUUUUUCCUCUUUCUUCAAUCUUUUCUUUCUUCUACCAUAAAGAAAGAGUCAAUUACACAGAAAAAAAUGUGUGGUGGUGCAAUUCUUGCUGAUCUCAUUCCCCGCCGUGACCGUCGCGCGUCAUCCACUGACUUAUGGCCAAAUUCUGCAGAUUUCUGGCCAAGUUCUUCAUUUACUAAGACAAUUAACUCCAGAGUGUCCACUCAAAAUGUUACUGCCACCCCAAAACGAGCUCAAGUUGCUCAACCCUCUACAGGUAAUGAACAAAUCCAGAAGACCAAGAAGAGGCAAAGGAAGAAUCUUUACAGGGGAAUCCGACAGCGUCCUUGGGGUAAAUGGGCUGCUGAAAUUCGUGACCCAAGAAAAGGUGUAAGGGUCUGGUUAGGUACUUUUAACACUGCAGAAGAAGCUGCUAGAGCUUAUGACAAAGAAGCUCGUAAAAUCAGAGGAAAAAAGGCUAAAGUUAAUUUCCCUAACGAGGACGACCAUUGCAAUACUGCUUACGAAUCCUAUGAUACUUCUUAUAAUCAUGAGUCAAAUAAUUGUAAUGGUAGCGUCUGCUCGCUCGAAAAUCAAAACACUGAACCUGUAAUGGAAUAUCCAUUAGCUUGUAAAAAUUCAUCUGGGUCUGUUUAUGAAGGAAGUAAAGAGCAAAAAGCAGAGAACGAAGUGGAGAAACUGACUGAGGAGCUGAUGGCUUAUGAAUCAUUGAUGAAGUUCUAUGAGAUACCAUAUGUUGACGGCCAAUCAGUGGCGGCGACGCUGAAUCCAGCGGCGGAGGCCGUCGUGGGCGGUGGCUCGAUGGAUUUAUGGAGUUUCGAUGAUGUCCAACAGUGCCCAUAACUCAAUUGUAACGAAUGCUAUUAAUUAAUGUUGUUUUUAAUUGCUGCAUAUUUCAUUUUUCGGUUUAGGAGAAUUGACUUUUUGUAGUCUUGCUCAAUUGUGUAAAACUGUAUUUCUAGUAUGGAGUAGUCUGUUUUGUUUUCUAGUUCUAUAUUUUUGUCCAAAGCUCGACUUUUGGCUUCUUUCAUGUAUUUGGUAGACUGAUUUACGUGAAGAAUGUACCUUGUAAUCUUCAGCUGCACAAAAAAGCUUCAGAAAUGGAAGAUAUAAUUUAAGAGAA